UGGGAGGGUAGGAAAGAAUAGACAACAGGAACGCUAGAAGAAAUAGAAGAUACAGUCCUGCCUAAAUAAGCUUAAAAUCUGGGUGUUAGAAUUCAAGAUCCAGUAUGUCAAAUGCAACUCCUGAUUCUUCUCUCUUCCUGAGAUUUUGCUUAAGAAUUUUUAAGCCUGUAAUUGAUUAGCAUGGACUUCAUCAGCAACUGGAAAUGAAAGCUUUUUAAAGCAAAGUUUAAAACCUCUCUUCUUCCCUUUCAAUUUGUCAAACAUUUGUUGAAAGAUACUACUAUGUAGCCACUAUUAUCUCAGACUGUGAAGAAAAAUGAUAGGGUACCUGUGAAGAAACUAAAAAAGAAAACAAAACAAAACAACAAAAAAAAAAGAAGAAAAGAAACAAAUUUAAGAUAGAAUAUUUGAGCACUAAUAAGGGACAUGAAGAAGAAAGGGAGCAGUGUCUUUGGGAAAGCCUUAUGGACAGAGAAGGUGAUUGACAAAUGAAGACAUUCCAGAUAGUGAAGACACCUUGAGCCAUGGCUUUGGAGCAGGUAACAUCUAAAGGAACCGGUUUAAAUCCUAAUGCCAAAGUAUGGCAAGAAAUUCCUUCUGGAAAUACUGAUGCCACUCCAGUAACUCAUGGAACUGAAAGCUCUUGGCAUGAAACAGCAGCAACAUCAGGGUCUCAUCCUGAGGGUAAUACGGAGCUUUCAGAUGAUAUGUGUAAGGAAUACGAAGUAAUGUAUUCAUCUUGUGAAACCACCAGAAAUACUAUAGGCAUUGAAGAAUCAACUGAUGGAAUGAUUUUAGGGCCAGAAGAUCUGAGUUACCAAAUAUAUGACGUUCCUGGUAAACUUUAUGCUUGUAUUGGAGAAAGCAGUUCAGCAAUUUCUACAGAAGACCUAAAAGAAUGUCUGAAGAAACAAUUAGAAUUCUGUUUCUCCCGAGAAAAUUUAUCAAAGGAUCUUUACCUGAUAUCUCAAAUGGACAGUGAUCAGUUCAUCCCAAUUUGGACAGUUGCCAACAUGGAAGAAAUAAAAAAGCUGACCACAGACCCUGAUCUAAUUCUUGAAGUCCUGAGAUCUUCUCCCAUGGUACAAGUUGAUGAGAAGGGCGAGAAAGUGAGACCAAGUCAUAAGCGUUGUAUUGUGAUUCUUAGAGAGAUUCCUGAAACAACACCUAUAGAGGAAGUUAAAGCCUUGUUCAAAAAUGAAAACUGCCCCAAGGUGAUAAGCUGUGAGUUUGCACACAAUAGCAACUGGUAUAUCACUUUCCAGUCAGAUACCGAUGCACAACAGGCUUUUAAAUACUUAAGAGAAGAAGUUAAAACAUUUCAGGGCAAGCCAAUCAUGGCAAGGAUAAAAGCCAUCAAUACAUUUUUUGCAAAGAAUGGUUAUCGAUUAAUGGAUUCUAGUAUGUAUAGUCAGCCCAUUCAAACUCAAGCACAGUAUGCCUCACCAGUUUUUAUGCAGCCUGUAUAUAAUCCUCACCAACAGUACUCGGUCUACAGUAUUGUGCCUCAGUCUUGGUCACCAAAUCCUGCACCUUACUUUGAAACGCCACUGGCUCCUUUUCCCAAUGGUAGUUUUGUGAAUGGCUUUAAUGCACCAGGAUCUUAUAAAACAAAUGCUGCUGCUGUGAAUAUGGCUCGACCAUUCCAAAAAAAUCGUGUGAAGCCUCAUUUUAGGUCAUCGAGUGGUUCAGAGCACUCAACAGAGGGCUCUGUAUCAUUGGGGGAUGGACAGUUAAACAGAUCUGGUUCAAGGAACUUUCCAACUGAACGGCAUAACCCUACAGUAACAGGGCAUCAGGAGCAAAGCUAUCUUCCAAAAGAAACUCCCCCUUUACAGAUGGAACAGAAUGGGGACUAUGGUAGGGGCAGGAGAACUCUUUUCAGAGGUCGAAGACGACGAGAAGAUGAGAGAGUCCCAAGACCCCAGUCUUCAUCAGCUGAAGCAAAGGCUCCAACGCCAAAGUUUGAUUUAUUAGCCUCAAAUUUUCCUCCUUUACCUGGAAGUUCAUCAAGAACUCCAGGUGAACUUGUUUUGGAGAGUAGGAUGUCUGAUGUUGUUAAAGGUGUCUACAAAGAAAAGGAUAACGAAGAGUUGAGAGUUAGUUGCCCAGUGCCUGUAGAGGAUGAACAGACAGACUGCACCUCUGCCCAGCAACUCAGUAUGAGUACCAGUCCUCCAUGUACCGCUGAGCUUCCUGCACUAAGCACAACUCAGCAAGUAAAGGAUCCAAUAGAGGAUUCCACUGUUCAGAAGGAUGUUCUCAACCAGACAACUAUACCAGUUUCUUCCCCGAGUACUGCAAAGCCAUCAAGGACAAAUAGUGCUUCACCAUGUAAUAGUAACAUAAAUGCAGCUGUAGCUAUGGCCCUACAGGAACCCCGAAAGCUAAGUUAUGCUGAAGUGUGCCAGAAGCCCCCUAAAGAACCAUCUCCAGUUCUUGUGCAGCCACUACGAGAACUUCGCUCCAAUGUAGUGUCUCCCACCAAAAAUGAAGAGAAUGGAGCUGCUGAGAAGUCCAUUGAGAAAUCACAUGAGAAGCCAGAAGCAAGGGCUAGUAAGGAAUAUUCUGGUUUCCGAGGCAAUACCAUUCCCAGGGGAGCAGCUGGAAAAAUCAGGGAACAGAGACGCCAGUUUGGCCAUAGGGCUAUACCUCAGGGAGUGACUCGACGUAAUGGCAAAGAGCAAUACGUGCCACCCAGAUCACCAAAGUAAAACAAACAAACAGACUAUUCAGAAACUUCUCUCUCUUCCCAUUAAAACUUGAGCCGUGGCUGUAUUGAACUGUUCUGGAGGGGAAGGGGUAGCCAGGAAGGAAGCAGGAGGAAAGUCUAUGUCCUUAAAUCAUUGUGGAUUUUGGAGUUGUGAGCAGUAGAAUCCCAAAAUUCAUCUCUAAAGUGAUUUUAAAAUGCUGGAGGAUUCCAAUCAGUAUAAAUAUAUAUAUAUAUAUGUAUACAUAUAUAAAAAUAUAAUUUUUCUAUUUUUGUUUUUGAUUUUAAUUUGCAGAGAUCUUCUGCCUAGAAUCAAUUUUGAGGGUUCAGAUUUAGCUUGGGGAAAAAAACAUAUUACACAUCCUUCAGUAUAGGAGAUGAGGGAGUGAGAGAAAAUAUUUUUUGAAGAAGCAUUUCUGUAAAAUUAGAAAUUACUUUUUUUAAUCUAUUUAAAGUUUGGCUUGGAGAAUGCCAUCUCUGCCUAUAUGGCCUUGUGUUGCAAAGCAGAUCAGUGGCUGGAGUGCCUGUUGUGGUGUGAGUGUGUGCAAGAGUGAUUGAAGCCAAAUCUGUUGUCAUGUUAGUAAAUGAUUUGCAAACUGAAUGUAAUACUGGAGUAGAUUUUUUUUUCCAUUUUGAAAUUCAGUCUGAACAAGCUGUUAAACUCUGAUUAUACUUAGAGAUGUGACUAUCAGUCAGCUUGAUACUCAAGGAAAGAAUGGGGGUUAUUCAGAAAAUCAAAAAUUUGUUUUAGAUCUGAGUGGAUAGGUCAAAUGGACUUCAGAAGUUUAAACUGCUUUGUGAUUUCCUGCCCCCCCCCCCAAUAGGAAACAGGUUUUUUUGUUACUUCAUUUGUUUGUUAUUCUCUGUUCUUUGACUACCCACCCCCAAAAGCAAAAUAACCACCAUUCUACAGAAUUGUAUGUUUCUAACUGCCUUGACCAGUCUAGUCAAAUCAUAUAACUGUUUUAAAUUUCCGAAUUGAACAUUGAAGUAGUUUAUUCUUCUGUUCACGUGUUUAGAAUUUUAGAUCCCAGAAUGGUAGGUCAGACUGACCCUGCAGUAAUUUAUUCGUGUGUUAAAAAUGAAACAUUGUAACUGAUCCUUAAAGUAUUAAAUAGUGUAGAAGUAAAAAAAAAUUUUUUUAAACUUAAUUCGGGGGCAACUUUUUUCUGUUUACAGUAUAUUUUAUCAUCUUCUUCCUUCCCUUUCUCAAAAAAAAAGAAAUACAGUUUGAAAUUCACAGAAACAGAACCAGCAAGUCAUGAGAUUUUUGAGUUAAGGUGAGAAAGAUAGUUGAAGAAAAUUAAUACAUACUUUCUCAGUGAAUAAAGUUGUAGCUGUCAUAUUAAGUAGGCAAGUUUACAUGCUGGUGUUUAGAAAAUGGCUAAAAUAUUAAAACCAUGUUGCAUUAAUCUGUUUUAAGUCAGAUCAUUUUUAGAGUUCUAUGUAAGGUGGGGUUUUGUUUUCUUUUUAGGGAUAGUUUGUAAUGGUAAUAACUGUCCCUUAUGUUAGUGAAUUACAUAUGUACAAAUUGAAACUGUAAAUUGUGAACACUGGAAAGCACCAUUGUGACAUAGAGUAAACAUCUUAGUAAUAUAUUAAAAUGAAUGUAAAUGGAGGUUAAAAUUACAUUACUGUGAAACUCAUCUUCCAACUCUAAGUUAAGCUUUGGAGAUUUGUAUUAGUAGGUAACUAAACACUGCACAUUUCUGUACAAGCCAGAAUUAUCAUUUCUUUGUAACUUAUUAUUCAGCUUGGCAGUUGCUUUUGAUUUGGUGAAUUGAUAACAUGGUAUAUAAUAUAUUUAAGCAGUUUGAAACUAUUCAUUUCUACACACUAUUUUUUAAAAUCAUAUACUAGAAUGAAACAUACAAUAAAACUACCUGUGCUGAAAUUUGGGGGAAGUUUAGGUCCUUGGAAAAAAAAAAAAAAGUAUUAAUAAUCAUUGACUACAUCUAUGAUAAAAGUGCUUAUUUUGGUUUACUUAGAUAAUGCUGCAGUUGGUGGAAAUGAUAAACAUUUAAAGUGUUAACACUCUGUGAAUGCCUUGGAUUUAAGAGAAUAAACAUUUUAUAAAAAUCA